CAGAAUUAUCUUCUUCACGCAAAGUUCAAGUUAGGCUAGCAUUCUAAGUAGAAGAUGAAACAAAUUUUCUGAAAGGUUACCAAAUAUGGAAGUCAAAAUGCGCACACGUCAAGAUGCGCGUGAUCACGACCAGCAUAUUGGUCUGGCUGAUGUCGACUCCCCAGAGCAUGUGGGGGAAGCAUUCUCCGUGCGACCGAACAGUUUCGAGGACCGACCAUGGUCCGAGAAAACAGGUGACGUGGUGUACGUCAUUUUAAGGCUAUCUUCCUUAAUCCAUCUCCAGAUAGUUCUUAGCCAUCUCAAGAUUAUAGUUAGGACUAUAAUCUUAGCUUGGAGCUGUUCAAUAGGUGGAAUGAAGGAAGAACAAGCAUCUUACUUCAGGAUGUAACUGGAGAAGAUGCUGGAUGUCCUGUCGGGGACGCUCUAAUCACUGGCGGCGGGAUGCUCGUCGUUAGCGUGAUUUUGAUCACGUCGCUGAUUUUACGCCACAUCUAUCUAUCUAGAAAUAGAAGUCGCAAAGCCAAAGAACAUGCAGGAUCGGUGUUGAAAAGUUCGAGGACUGGUACUGUUUGAGGACUUUAAGUAUGCUGAUGUGCAGAUGGAAGAAGUACAACAAGUACAACUAGGUACUCGUAAGUUUUUUUUUUAAGCCCCAUAUUUAUAUAUUAGAUACCCAUUGCCAUUCACUUUGUUCGUUACAGGUCGACGUCUUCACAAUGUGAGUGGUGCCAAUACUGAUAUUUUCGCUAGCGACAGCGACUCCUCGUCGGAGGAAAAGCUGCUGUUGAACCUUGCGGAUCGAGAAGGUCAUUCUCAUGUUGCCAACAUCAUGACAGCAAGCAAUCUGUCGUUUCUGCAGAAUGAGACGUCUGUAGCCAGAGCUAUUCCAGAUCCAGGGACGCAAGAGUGGAGGCUGCUCUUGUGCGAGAACACGCUUGCGAAUAAGGCUUUGAGCAAGCCCUAUGCGUUGGUCGCGCCAACGGAGAUAGCUGCGGCGAAGGCGUACUGAUUACAAUUAAUAUAUAUUAAUAACAAAUUUUGUCUUACCGUUAUAAUACCCUUACCCCCUCCCCUUGAGCCCCCCCCUUUGAACCGUUGCGCCGACCCUUAUGACCCUUACGCCCCCUCUUGCGAUACCCUUUGAGACCCUUGCGACACCCUUACAGCCCCCCCUUACAACCCCUCCCUUAUGAAGCAGGCGACCCCUUAUGAUUUCUCCCCCCCUUUGUGACCCCCUUACAGGUUGGCACCUUUUUCCAACGGAGAUAGCUGCGGCGAAGGCGUACUGAUUACAAAGAAAUACAAUUUCAUCAUGGGAGAUUCAGGCUUCCACUUCCUAGUUCCUUUUCGAUCGAAUGUUUCUUCCUUUCAGUUUUUUGCGAAGAACAGGUUGUAUAGACCAUAUCUUAUAGAUACUCGCAUUUUCUAACUUCGACUUCUGACAACUAUACCCGACUCGGACCAUUCAUAACAUCAGAACCAGCGGCGCCAAAAGCAGAAACGUCAAGUGGCGUUCUGAUGGUAAGGCUAAAGCCGGUAAGCCUGAAUGCGACUCUUGGGAGACUGGAUGGUACGAGUCAGGGCUUGACGACCUCCCUUUCUGGCAAUUCCUGCCACAUCAAACCCACGAAGCCGGAAAAUCAGUACAACAACGUCCUCUGCUGUUGAGGGGGAGCAUGUUUUUAUGACGGACUCUAACAUCACUAGUCGUGUCACUCUGAUGAAGUGGAAUCGGAGUUGUCCUUGAGUAUCAUGGUCCUUGAGCAGCACGCCGUUCUUGUUUCGACGUCCUGUAGCUAUAAUUACAACGGCUUCGCGUCAAGAUUAUUUAUUUGUCACACCUACAUCAUCUUCGCAUACUCUAAGACUCCGUUCCCCUCGCGACGACACGCACGAAUCGAUCAUUGCGCGGACUACGGCCAUGUUUCAGGAUCCGGGAGAAGAGGCCGAUUAUCACGCCUGGGAAGAAUAUGGCGCAACUUUCAUUGGUCACCAUUUAUAGAUUGGAGUCACUGAGAUCGAAGAGGCGACCUCCCCUUGGGAGAGUCGCAACUUUUGUAAAUAGACCAAGUUAUCAUGGAGGCGUAGGCUCAGGCUCAGGUUGUACUAGAAGCGGUAGGAGUCCUCAAGAGGAUCCGAGUACAGCUAGAAGGGGACCCCUUGAGAGAACAGAGGGAAAGGGGAGAGCUUUGAAGAGGGUCUCUUCCGUUCAGAGUCAGUGACCCGUGAAUGUUGAGCUUUAAGAAGAGUUCCUGAAGCCUGUCCAUCUCCGAAACCACGCCAGGAUCGAGAAGGAGCUGACGAACACAACGAAGUACGUGGUAAAGAAGAUGCUCGGGAUGAAGAAGGAUUCAUCGUCUGGGAGUUAUGGAAAGGCAUGCUAGGUGGUUUGCUUUCGCAUGCACUACCUUCUGUACUGUGUGUGUGGAUUGCUUCGUAUGCAUGUUUCUGAAGUUGCACUACCUUCUGUACUAAGCUUUGCCACGUCCUGUUCAGAUGUAAAAGUCGUUUUUUCAUCUAACUCCACCAAGCCGACGACCGUUCCGAGGGUAGCGUCCACAGACACGCAGAUGGUGAGGCGGUCUUCAAUCCUCUGACUGGGUCUGACAUGAAAAAAAGAACUCCUAGAACUAGGUCUUCCUCUAUCCGAGGCAGUCUCGCAAGUCGGCGAAGUAGCUCAGGAGGUCAUCAGCGCUCUAUGUCGGAAGGGCGCAGAUCCAUCGGAUUCCAGAGGAAGCAUCAUAGCAACAAGUCUAGCAUGGCGUCGAGCCUAGCAAACAACAUGCACGACGCGUUGGACGCGAUGGGGGUCGUGUAGGAAAUUUCCGGAUUUUUGAUUUGGAUUUUCGAAGAAAUGAUGAACAACGAACAAUGAUCUAAAAAAUGUUCUUCUUUGAGACAGUGAUAGACUAAAAUUCUCGAAGAUAGGAUCUGUUUUGACAACAGAACAAUAUUCCCCGAGCCAGAACACAUCACCUAUCUUCACAGUAAAAACGUAACGUCGCAUAGUACUCCUAUGAUCCCAAAUGUUAGUUUCUGCAAAAAGUCACAUACAUGUUGCAUAUGAAGUAGAAGUAGUUGCUUCACCAGCUGCAUGAGUAAAGUUAGCAGAAGUAUGCAAGGAACUAGUAAGUAGGUAUGCAGGACGAGUACUAGAUGUAGAAAGUAUGUCACAUCAUCUUCAUCAAGAGUACCCUGACCCAUAUCCAUCAGUAGACACGAAAAACCUCGACCCGUAAUCUUAUCAUACAUCAUACCCUUAGCCUUACUUUCACGUGCGAUGACUUUAAUCCUCAAAAUCCCCUUGUUGAUAACGCUAACUACCCCCCCAUGAUAAUGCCAAAAGCUGCAACUUCUGCACAGCUUGACUUCGUAGAAACUGUUUUGUCCUCCAUAACCAUAUGCAUGUCUCUCAACACCCAUUCGUUCCACAUCCUUCUCACGAACAAAAACAUGAUAUCUUGAUUGUGAUAUCAAAACUAAAACAUCAUCUGUUUCGACUCCGACGAGACCAUCCUUCUACUUGGCAUCAGUCCCUCGGUAGCUAGAUUUGCCAUGCGUCUCACUCAACAAAGUGAAAUCCGUCGAUGCAGUCCUCGAUUACAGCUGCCUUUUAAAUAACAUCGACCAAGCUUGGCAUCGAUUCGACGCAGUGUCCUCGUGUGC